AUGGAUUGUCCAAAUUGGCCACCGCCUCUACCUUCUUUACCAUUAUAUCCGCCAUGUCGUACCGUGAUUGAAAAAAAACCAGCUCCAGAAAUUAAAAUAAUAGAAAGUCAAACUCAACAAUGGUGGAACGAACGUUUAGUUCCAGCUCUGGAAUUAACAUCCGGUAUAAAAAAAUCACAAAAAAAAGAAAAUUUUUACGAACUUACAAGACGACAGAGAAAUGGUUUACUUUCAAUUAAAAUACCAACGAGAGAAGAUAAAUUUACAAAUAGCGUACCACUUCCGGAAAGAUCGUAUCCGAACGAUGGUUUACCAAUAUGGGAAAGACUUCAUCUCGAUAAAAAACUUCCAAUGUUAAAAUGUCCACCGAACGCUUUGUUGUGGAAAGAUACAAAAGGACAAGAAUUUAUCUUAUACGACCCAUAUAAUUACGAAUGUGCUUUUUCAUACGAAAACAUUCACGAUCCACAUUUGUCGAAUUACUACAAAGGAAAAGAAAUAAGGGGAUUCUUUAUUGAGAGUUGGGGAUGCAACAGAAGACGGAUUUUAGCUAGCAUACAAGAAAAAAAAGAAAGGAUAAUAAGAUUGCAAGAGACGAAAGAAAAAGAAAAAGAAUUGAGGAGGCAAAGAGGUUUAUUAUUAUUGGCAAAACAAGAAUUGAAAAAUAAAAUUUCAGAUGAUUAUAUAUUAAAUUUACAACAGGAAGUUAAACAAAAAAAUUUAGAAAUUCGUAAUGCUCUCAUUGAAAAACAGAAAAAAUUAGAAAAAGAACAAUUUCGACAAAUACGAGAAGCUGGUUUAAGAAAAAAAGCAAUGAUAAAAAAAAAAAAAGAAGAUAAAAGAAUGGAAAAAGCAAUUAUCGAUGCUUCCUUAAGAAUAAUUCAAGGUCCACUUCAAGUUUUAUAUGCCAUCGAUACGAUUCUCGAAACUGUCAUACAAAAAUGGGCCGUAUUAAGGAUACAUUCGAUAUUAGAUAUUAUUAUUGAACAAAUGAUCGAGAAAGGUAAAAUGAUAUUAUUCGAAAUCAAAUCGAAAUAUAAAAGUACGGGAAUGACGACAGCGGAAACGUACAAAACGAAAGAAUCCUACGGGAUUGUUUAUAAACCGGAUGAAAAAUUAAAAAAAAAAUUAUAUAAAAAAUCAUUUUUAUCGAAUAACAAUUCGCAAUUUUAUUUAUUAAACGAAUUAAAUAACGAAAAGAAAAGAAAAGAAAAAGAUGAAGAAGGUGAAAAAGAUGGUGAAAGAGACGUAGGAGGAGGAGGAGGGGGAGGGGGAAGAGGAGAAGGAGAAGGAGGAGGAGGAGGAGAAUAUUUUGAAAAAGAAAUAAAAGUCGAAUCCUUGGAUGAUGCUCAAAAGAAAAGCAGCAAAAUAUUGUCAUCGGUUGCACCCAAUUACGUUCGAUUUGGCGAUUAUACAGUACACGAAUACAUAUCGGAAAAAGAUUACGAAUACGAUUUAAAACCGGUUAAACACAGACCCAAAACUCCGAUGCCAACGCAAGAAGAAUUAUGUACGGUUGGAUUUUCCGAAGAAAGACUUAACGACAUAUUACCAACAUUAGACGAUUUAGUAGAAUUAAAAGAAAAAAAAAAAUUUCGUAAAUUAUUUAAAAGCGUAGCAGUUAAUCUUUUUAAACGUUCUAUUGAAUUAUUACGUAGCGCAUUAGAACCGAUAUCGAGAUAUCGUUCGAUAAACAAAUUAGUUAAUCUCGGAGGUACCCAUAUAGAAAAAACAACAUUAGCACAACUUUUGACUAGUUUAAUUAUGAAUCAAGAAGAGAAAACAAUUUACACGACGGAUGAUUUUGAAUGGUUGGCAAAAGUAAUCGUACGUUAUGCAUUAACGGAUAUAUUAAAUCCUGUUGAAUUUCACAGGGAGGGAAAUGAUGGGGUACCAAGAAUGAAAAUUAUGUUUUACAAACCUAAUAAUAAUAAAAUAAAUAAGAAAAAAUCAAAUGAAUUUUUCAAAGAGGGCUACGUGUGA